GCUCGCUGGGUGUUGUAGUACAGAGUGAUAAAUACAGGACUGACAGGACCUUUCGAUAGGAGCCAAUAGACGGCUUGUUUACACUGACGUCACCUGCCAGUGACCAAUGAGAUGCAGCGUUAGGUUUGCGCGGCCCUUUCAGAUCCUGGGUUGCUAUGGAGACGCGGCCUGCAGGAGUCUACGGGGUCAGUGAGGCGUCGGUUGUGUCCGGUGUAGGAGGCGGCAUGUCAGGUGCGGGGCCCCGAGGAGUGAGGGACUCGGACCGGAGGAGGUUCCUGCAGGUUUUCCAGGCUUGUGAUAAAGGCCAGAAAGGAUACCUGAGCAGGGAGGAUCUGAAGGUGGCUGUGGUGAUGUUAUUCGGCUAUAAACCAUCUAAGAUUGAAGUGGAUACGAUGAUGUCGGACUUGGUAAAUGGGAACACUGGAGGAGUGAGGGCGGAUGAGUUUGUGAAGCUGAUGGCCCUGAAGAGGAGCGCACAGAUGAGCUUCGGAGACCACAGGCAGAUCUUUUCGGUGUUUGAUACGCACUGCCGCGGAUUUUUAAACUUGGACGACUUUAAGCGCGCCUUUAAUCGAGUGGCCCCGCAUCUCUCCGAGCAGACGGUCAUUGAGGCUUUCAGGGAAGUGGACGGAGACUCUGACGGACUCGUGUGCUACAAAGACUUUGAAUAUGUUAUGAAUUACGGUGAGGACGAAGAUUAGAUAGUAACACAGCCUCAUAACACAUUAAACUAAGGAGCAUUUAACCCAUAAAACAAAAAAUCCACAAUAAACCAAAACCUGUGUGUCGUUACUCAAUGUUUCCCAACCAG